AUGACUACAGGCGCAAGGCAAAGAAGCCCUCCGUGGCCCGGCCUACCACCAGCGACUCCUCCUGCGCAUACACACCUGAAAGUCCGCCAACCCGGACAAGGCGGCGAAGCCGACGCCCACCUAUCGCCCCGUGACCUUCGCGCAGAGCUUCUCCAGGCCGAGGCAGCACACUUUGCCAAGAAGAAUGGCGUUCCGGCCGAGCAACCAGCUAUUGCUGAAUCCUCAGUUCCCAAGCGACAACUCGAAGCUGCGCCUGAAGAUGGAAUCGAUGGCGAUAUCAAGGAAGAGGACCCGGAGGCGAAACGCCGACGUAUACUGGAGGAGACACGCGACAUAGAUGCCGAUUCAGACGGGUCAGAAGAAGACAGCAGUGACGAGGAUAGUGACGACGAAGAUGAAGCAGCCGAGUUAAUGCGGGAGCUUGAGAAGAUCAAAAAGGAGCGGUUGGAGCAAAAGGAGAAAGAGGAGCGUGAACGCGCACUCGAGGAAGAAGAGCAGAGAGAGGUUGAUAUCGCGCGCGGUAAUCCUCUGCUCAAUGCCCAGGAUUUCAACAUGAAACGGCGCUGGGAUGACGAUGUUGUAUUCAAGAACCAGGCUCGGGGAACAGAGAACAGAGAUGGCAAGGAGUUUGUCAACGAUCUUCUUCGUUCCGAUUUCCACAAACGCUUCAUGGGCAAAUACGUGCGGUAG